GGCAAAGUGAAAUUCCCUACAAGUGGUAAUGUCAAUGUCAGAUGAGCAAGUAAACAAUUAUUUAAAAAUGGUUUUAAAUCCGUAAUUUUACGAUGAAAUUGUAUACAUGCCUCCGAAUAGGUGUGUCGUUUUCGGUCCUUUUGGUAGUAUUCUAUUUCUACAGCAUCAAGAUACUCAAUAACAAAGAUGACGUGAGUGUGGAAGAGUCUCAUAAAGUAACAAAAAGUCUUGAGGUAACAACAGACCGGAUCGAGUUUAAACGAAAUGACAUUGUCCUGGCUGUGGUUGCGUGUGGAGACAGGCUUCAAGAAACCCUGAAUAUGCUCAAAUCUGCUCUAAUAUUUAGCAAAGAGAAGCUGAAUUUUAUCGUUUUUGCCGAGGAUAACUUAAUAGAGAGUUUCAAUCAAAAAUUAAGCGAAUGGAAAACUUUAACAAACCAUGCGUUUACGUACAAAGUUAUGGCUUUGACGUUUCCUGUGAAGGACGCAGAGGAGUGGAAGAGGCUUUUUAAGCCUUGUGCAGCCCAGAGAUUAUUUCUACCUAAUAUUUUAAAAGACGUAGAUUCCUUAUUGUACAUGGAUACAGAUACGUUGUUUUUGACGCCAGUCGAGAACAUUUGGAGCUAUUUCCACAAGAUGAAUUCUAGUCAGAUGGCUGCGUUGGCCCCAGAACAUGAGGACCCAAACGUUGGGUGGUACAACCGUUUUGCCAAACACCCAUUUUACGGAAAAUUGGGCGUAAAUUCCGGCGUGAUGUUAAUGAAUUUGACCAGAAUGAGGGCGUUCCAGUGGAGUGAGUACGUAGUCCCCAUUUAUAGAAAAUACAAAUUGAAGAUAACGUGGGGCGACCAGGACAUAAUCAAUAUAAUUUUCCACUACCACCCUGGGAAAUUGUAUUUAUAUUCGUGUAGGUUUAAUUUCCGACCUGACCACUGCAUGUACAUGAGUGUUUGUAAGCCGGCGGAAAAGUUCGGAGUGGCUGUGGUCCAUGGUUCUCGCGGGUUUUUCCACUCAGAGAAACAGCCGGUUUUUCAAGCAAUUUAUAGAGCUUUUGAAGAGUUCCGUCUAGGGGGUGAUGUAUUCAAGGAUUUUUACCAACCGCUUGAAGCCUUUUUGGAACAAGUUCAGAACACGAACUGUGGCCAUAUUAAAGACAUUUUUCUCAAAAACGUGCGACUUUACAUUAACAUGGAAGACACCAGUUAGUAAGCCAGAGUUUGUUAAUGCAACGAAGCUGUCCAUCAAUGCAGGAUAUUUUAUUUACAAGUGGAGUUUAUACUUUUAUAAGCUGAAUAAAUAAUUAUUGAGCCCUC